CAGCAAACGGAACGCGACAUCCACCAUUCGGAUUAGGUCACAUCUCUCCUGUCGAGGUAUUUGUUUUUCUGGCUGAGCGAUUGGAUCGUAGCCAACUCUCUACUCAUCACCUGGUCAUCACUGUGUCGAACGGAUAUCAACGACUGGUUUCCAAGGUCCAAGUUACUGUCGAACCCUUCCAGAUAGUUCGUCCGCGGUUUGUUGUACAUGAGCCCCCUCAGGGUUCUGUGGCCCAGUUGGAGGUGACUGACUGUAAAGAUGGGUCCUACGGACAGGGAGUUAGUGGACUUCAGAUUCAAAUCAAUGUCAGUGAAUCGGUUUUGGCCGGUAGCCUACUGUGCCGUUUGCAGACAGAGCCGAGUAAUGCGGAGACAUUUACGCAGUGGACAUUGGAGUAUAGCAUCGUCUUCGUUGGACAAUCCGCAACACGCCAGCUCUUCAGUUUGAAUCAACAAACAGGAGAUCUUCGUGUUACCCAUCCUCUUGAUCAUGAAUCAAUAACCAGGCACUAUAUGCUGAUUGUUGUGCGGGAUUCUGCUACUCACGUAUCUUCAUUCGUCAACGUGUUUGUGAACGUCCGUGAUGUCAACGAGCAUGCGCCCCAAUUCGUUUCUCAACCGGCAUCGAAUGAGACGUCAGAAGAAUAUGAUUCUCAGGGAUAUUUUAUGUUCUUUGCGGUUGGGACAAGCCCUGCUGGUACAAUCGUUGGCCGGGUCACUGCUGUUGAUCCUGAUCCUGGUGAAAAUGGUAAAAUCACCUACAGUAUCAUUGGUGGCAAUACUGCAAACUAUUUCGAGAUUGAUUCACUCACAGGUGAUGUGAAGCUUGCCAAACCCUUAUUACCUAGGAGCCAAUCUUUAGGUAUUGCACUCAGAUCUGAACUUUCAUCAGAACCAUGGACGCGUGCGCACCGCCUCAUUGUAUCCGCCAAAGACAAUGGAAAACCCGUUUCUCGGAGUAACCAUACCGACGUGUGGAUCCGCGUUGUACCUGGACCUGGAGGGAUAGAUGCAGUUGCACCAAAGUUCCGGCCUUCCGGUACGGUACACGUUUCCGUAGUAGAAAACUGUUCACCCGGUCAUAUCAUUGCAACAAUAUCUCGUUUCCUUACUCCGGAAUCUGCAUUGUUUGGAUUCGUUCAUUUUGAGUUGGUCUUUUCGGAAAGAAUGGGUGUGGAGAAUUCGACCUCGAGCCAUUUCAUUUCUUCUGGUCGAUCGCCCACGGUGGAAUUAUUUCACGUCACUCCGGAUUCUGGACUGCUGGUCACUCUGGUUUCAUUGGACCGUGAGCACCAUGGUGACUUGUACCGCCUUCAGGUCCGAGUACGUGGUUCCCAUGGAAUUCGGGCUGAAAUAGACGAUUAUUUAACUCUGGAGGUCCAAAUUCUUGAUCAGAAUGACAAUGCUCCACGCAUCUUAAGUUCCCGAUUUCUACUUGGACAAAUAUCGGAGGAUGCCCGACCGGGAACUCUGAUCAUGCUUCGUUGUACCGACAAACCCUGUUUCCAGUCCGAGUCAACUCCGAUCCAGCUUCUUGCCACAGACCCGGAUCUUGGUCUGAACGGACACAUCACAUUUCAGUUCGUUGGCCCACAGGCACAAGAAUCUGGUCAACUAUUCAACAUUGAUCCGGCUAAUGGGCUAUUCCGUCUAGCUGAAGGCGCUGUACUCGAUCGUGAGUCUGCAUCGCACCAUCUAUUGGUAAUCCAAGUCUCAGAUUCUGGAUCUCCGGUGCGUACGGCGGAAAAUCUCGUCCGAAUAGACGUGGAAGUACUGGAUGUAAACGAUAGUCCUCCGGUCUUUAGCGAGCCGUUCUAUAUGCGCACUCUGCUUUUGCCCACGUAUCCCUCAGCACAAAUCGUUCAGCUGAUUGCCACCGAUCCAGAUCUCAAUGAUUCGGUAAAAUCUUUGUUGACCUGGCUACUUCGUCACUUGUCAGUUAUCAUUUACCUCGUCUCUUACCGCAUCAUUCCAAGUAGUGAUGCUGACCUGUUCGCCAUCGACUCAAAGAGCGGAAAACUUUCUGUUGCUCCGAAUUCUACUUUGCUGAACUCUCCUACGUUGCAGCGUGAAUACAAUUUUUUAGUCGAGGUUGAAGCAUUUGAUCAGCGCCGUCCCGUACCUCACUCCACGCAUACCAAUGUCACCAUAUUCGCGCAACUUCCUGCGUCAUCCACCGGCGCCGAUUACCAACAAACAUCUUUAAUCAUCGAGCCUGAAGGUGGACUUGAUGUCGAUUUGGUGGAACAUUACUCUAAGCCCAAACCGCUUCGCCUGGGUCAGCUGUUUGUCCGCGAUGCACCCGUUGGUGCUAUUUACAGAUUUGUCGUUCUCACGCCAAUCUCUGGUCUGGAUGUGGACAGUCUCACUGGAACCGUACUGGCCACCGGCAAUCAAGCACCCGAUGAACUAGAUCGUGAAGUUACUCCAAAACUAGUAAUGCAUAUUCUUGUGCGUGAUAUGCACAAUCGAAUGGGUCGUGGGGUUGUGCGUAUACGAUUGUUGGAUGUAAAUGACCAUGCACCAAUGUUUGUCGGCCUCCCGUACCAUACCAUGUUUUGUCUUAACUCAGUGGCCAUGACAAGUCGACCGAAAUCAACAGACAGGGAAACCGCAUGCCGACAGAACAACUACAAGGUUACUGCCGUGGAUCGCGACGAAGGUUCCAACGGAUCCGUUACUUUCAGUCUGGCAAGCAUCAGACCCAGAGCAGAACCGCCUUUGUUAUCCAUAAACACGGAAAACGGCGAGCUGUCUCUCGUCCGACUUAUCCCACCCGAUUGGACUGGGCGUCAGCUGGAAGCAGUUGUGCUAGCUGUAGACGGCGGCGGACUCUCCUCAUCUGCCACGGUCGUUAUCCAGUUGGUCUCUGGCGAUGGCCCACGAUUUUCUGCACCGCACUACACGGCCACAGUUCCCGAAUCCGCAUCUACCGGAGAGGCAAUCACAACCGUAGACGCUACGAGUCCUAGCCCAUCUGUCAGCCUUAUCUAUCGGGUUGUCUCAGUCAGAGCGACCAGCCACGCCUUGGUUUCCACGCAUGACAGUCACAACAAUCUCCAGGCCAUUGAAGUUUCCGAUAGCCCAUUCAUGUUAGAGUUCAAUACAG